UCCUGGAUACGCAGUGUUCGGUUCGAACCGGGCGGGCGCAUUAACCGUUUAAUUUAUACAUCACCGACAGUGUCCGGGCAGUGGACACAGAGCGGGCGGGUAAACCCCUGGAGAAAGGCCGAACCCACCUCCGCCCUCCCCCCGACCUGAGCCGCUGCUCCGAUGGCUGAUGAUGGCCGGCGAGGCGAUGAAGGGGAGCGCGGGCCCGGCGCCGUCUAUCAAAUGUUUGUCACCAUGGAGGACCUGCUGGAUAAGCUGAAGCUGAUGGACUACGAGGAGAAUCUGAUCCGGAGAAACAACAUGAAGGCCCUGUCGAGACACUACUUUGCUCUCCCCACAAACCCUGGUGAGCAGUUCUACAUGUUUACAUCUGUGGCAGCUUGGUUGUUAAACCAAACAGGACGUUUCUUUGAACAACCCCAAGAAUAUGAUGAUCCAAAUGCAACAAUAUCAAAUAUUCUGACAGAACUGCGUGCUUUGGGUGGCUCAGUAGACUUUCCUCCUUCCAAACUGAAGCAAGGCUAUGGAGAGCAGGUGUGUUAUGUACUGGAUCGCUUAGCUGAAGAAGCCCUCAAGCAUACUGGCUUUAAUUGGAAGAGACCUGUGUAUCCAGCAGAGGAGAUGGAAGAGGAAGCAUUAAUGGAAGAUGAUGCUGAAUUGACAUUGAAUAAGCUGGAAGAUGAGCUGAUUGAAGAAGCAGACGAUUUUGAAGAAGGGGAGUCUUUCCUAGAUUUGGAGAUUCUGAAAGCUCAGGGACAGAAAAUGGAGGCGUUGGAGUCUACAAAACCAGAAGAGAUUUUAGAAUCAACAACAGAUGCUGCUGAAUGGAAUCUCGAAGUCGAACGAGUUCUCCCACAACUUAAAGUUACCAUCAGAACUGACAACAAGGAUUGGAGAAUUCAUGUUGACCAAAUGCACCAGCAUAAAGAGGGAAUUGAAACGUCUCUUAAAGAGACAAAGAGUUACUUGGACAGACUUCAAGAUGAGAUUAGUCGAACACUAGAAAAGGUCAGCAGCAGAGAGAAAUAUGUUAACAACCAGUUGGAGAAUUUGAUUCAGGAUUUCCGUGCUGUUCAGGCCCAACUAAAUGAGGCCAAAGAUCGAUACCAGCAAGCAAGUGGAGGUGUAACAGAACGAACCCGACUUCUGUCUGAGAUUAGUGAAGAAUUGGAAAAGGUGAAACAAGAUAUGGAAGAAAAGGGCAGCAGCAUGACUGAUGGAGCUCCAUUAGUGAAAAUCAAACAAGCAUUGACUAAACUUAAGCAAGAGAUAACUCAAAUGGAUAUUCGAAUUGGAGUUGUGGAGCAUACCUUGCUACAGGCCAAGCUGAAAGAGAAAUCGAACAUGACCAGAGACAUGCAUGCUACCAAUAUUCCCGAAACUACAAUAGGUGGUUAUUGACAUUUUAUAUUGGUCCAAAUUAUAAUAUUUACUUCAUUUGUUUGUUCUCAAAUGGAAAAUUACAGAAUUUUUGUGAUCUAACCAAAGAAUCAAAAAUCAGCAUUUGAUAAGAUUUUGGAUACUUAGACCAAGUUCAACUGCAGCAAAUCAGUAAUUGAUCAUUUUUACACACUGUUACAGAAAUCAUUUGUACAUAUUUAUGUCUGUAAAUUGAUGAAAACUGAGUUUAAAAAUGCCAUUGUUUCUUUCAUUAAAACAUAGUACUUUAUUAAGCAACAGCCUUGCAUUGCAAUACUUGCCAUGAGGACCUUGUUUUCUAAUUAGUGGGUGUAAGUGCAGAUUUAUUUUUUGAAUACUCACAUUCCAUUGUUAUUGACAACACAACCAAUAUAUCUUUUAAAUAGUAACUUGUUAGAAAUGCUUAAUAUCUCUUAAGUUUCUCCAAGGCCUGAAUUUAGAGCAUAUGGCUUGUAUAAAAAUAUGUUCAAUCUCUAAUCACGUGGAGCAUGCAUGCUACCAGCAGCAGAGAAAACAAAUCUUAAAUACAGUAUUAAAUGCAUACAGAUUAAAUGAAAUGGCUUACAAGGUAGUAAUUCAAUCUCUGGAUUUAUUGCCAUUAAUUGUUUUAGAUUUUCCCUAAGCGUCAAGGUAUUAUUGUCUUCUAACACUCUUACGAUUGAAUGUUUUUUAUUACAUACAUAUCUUCAUAUUUAUUUUAACACUACGUUUAUGAACUGGUCCUAUUUCAAUGUUCUAACGUACAGUAAAUUGUGCAAACGUUUGCACUGACAGAUACUGUGUAUGGUUUAACAUUUUCUUGCAUACAAUGCAGAUAUGAGCAUUUUAUGUGAGCCUUGUGUAUUUGUAAAACUGUAAUCUUUGAAUAAAAUAAACUUUAUUUUA